AAAAGUCCUAAGGUACACACGUGUUUGUUGUGAUUCUGCGAUAAUGUUUACUACACUGAUGUAUCGAACUGCAGCGGUCUCGAUGACCGUCUACAUAACCAAUCGAGUUGGAGUUUGGGGUAAGACAGAGGAGACGGACCACCUGCUCGAUCAGAUCACCAAUGGUCUUCAACCAGUAUUUGGACUUCUGCGACGAACGCUGAAGUUAGAUGAGAGCGAUCUGAGCGUGGGUGAGCUAUCCCGGAAAUACUACAAUGAAGGAGUGAAGGGCACUUUUCGUAUCAUUCGAAACAUACCCAACUAUUCGGAGGAAUUGGCCGACGGUGCCAAGGUCACCUGUCUGGAUUUGGUGGAAAAGGCCAAGGAAUUGCGUCACAAAGAAUAUUCAAAAUGGUGGAAUACUUCCACAAAUAAGGAGCAACUGAUUAUUGAUUCACCAGAUUCUGCAGCUGGCGAUGGAUCUUUCGAGGAUUUAGUCCCAUUUGAGAAACCAAAGACCGUAGAUAAUUUUGCGGGGGAAGAGGGAAAUGGAGCUCUUGAACAGAGGGUUUAAACAACUGUCUAUAAACAAGAAAAAUCAGCCUUACUCUCUACAAAAUCUUAUUGUUAAAUCUUUGAGUAAAGACCAUGUAUCAUGUUAGAAUCCCCAAUACUCUGCAAUAGGCCAAUAAAUAUUUUAGAUUGCCAAAG